CGCAACACAACACCCAUUGCAAACAAGCCUUCGUUCGAGUCUCCACUGUGGCUGGAAGGCGGAUUUGGUAGGAUCUGAAGAAGACUUUUCCUUUUCCCUCUCUACGUGUGAAACUGUGUGUAGAUUGUGAAGCAUCCGGUAUUGUGUAGGAUUGGUCAGUGGCUGUUUAAGCUACAACGCCUAGCGUGCCAACCCCCUUGGCUGUAAGAACGCCGUAAGGCAGGAUGGGACGGCACAUUCUCUCGCUGCUGAUCGCCGUGCUGGCCGUCACGCUGCUGCCCUGUGGCUACACCUGGCGGGAGUACAGGAUACGCCGCAGCAUCGACCUGUCGGCGGCGAACACGCUCAUCUCGGACGCGAAGCUGCCGACCGACCUGAUGCCGGUCAACUACAGCCUGUACCUGCACCCGGUGCUGGAGCAGUCCAGCUUCACCGGGCGCGUGAACGUCACGAUGCUGUGCACGAAGCGCACGAACCGCAUCACGCUCCACGCCCACCACGAUCUGCAGGUGGACGAAGUUGCACUGGAGGUGGUGAACACGCAGGACGCGACGCAGCCGCUCAAGAUACGGCGCGUCGACCGGGUGCCGAAAAAGCCGCUGCUGGUGAUAUUCCUGCAAGCCGAUCUCACCGUGGGAGAAACGUACGAGGCGCGGCUGCAGUUUGCCGGCAACAUCUGGGAGAACACGGAGGGUGUGUUCGAGGGCAAGUACAAGCAGCAGGCGGAUGGCGCUGCAGCCGUUACGUCGGACGUCGCGCUGACGGUGGACGCGGAGGAGCACUCGUACAUUGGCACGUACUGUCGGCCGCACCACGCGCGCCGCGUGUUUCCCUGCUUCGACGAGCCCGCCUACAAGGUGCCGUUUGCGGUGAGCAUCGCACGGCCCCGCACACACCACGUCCUGUUCAACACCGAACUGGAGCGCACGGAAUCGCUCGGACCAAGCUCCAAGAUCGUGAUCGACGUGUUCAAGCCGACGCCACCGAUGUCCACCUUCACGUUCGGCUUUCUGCUGUCCGACCUGCAGGAGGUGACCGCGACAGCCGACGCGGAGGAUCCCGACUUCCGGCCGAAGGUUCGCGUCUGGUCGCGGCGAGACUUUCAGCAGAGCCUGACCGAGGUGCGCAAGCGCGUCCGGCUAACGCUCGAGAAGCUGCAGGAGUACUGGGGCGUCGAGCUGCCACUAGAGAAGCUGGACAUCGUCGCGCUGCCCGGAUUCUCCUACGUCAAGCCGGCCGACAACUGGGGUUUGAUAGUUUUCAAGGAAAGUGAGCUGCAACAGGGAUACUACAGCCUGGCUCAGGAACUCGUUUAUCAGUGGCUUGGAUCAUGGAUUACGCCGCACUGGUGGAGUGAUGCGCACGUAAACAAGGCAAUUGCCGGCUUCCUGUCUGCUGACACCGCCAUCAAGAUCGACGGUGGUGCCGAGUUCGAGGGCAAGUGGCCCAUGACCAUCCUGUACUCGAUCUACUACGAGUUCAGCAAGCGGUACCCACAUUCGCGCAUCACCGCCAUGAAGCAGGAAACGACCUGCAGCAAGACGGAGCUCGUGCUGCGCAUGCUGAACUACACGCUCGGCGAGGAAACGUUCCGCCGGGGACUGCAGAAGUUCAUCCGCCAUCGGGAGUUCAAGACGUUCUACGGUGACGACGUGUGGGAGGCGCUGACCAAGCAGGCACACCUCGACCAGCGUCUGUGCGAGUCGGCCACCGUGAACGAUGUGGUCAACUCGUGGAUCACCAAGGAUCGCAUUCCGAUGGUGAAGGUGGAGCGUUCGUACGGUGGACAGCGCACGGCAACCGUCACGCAGCGACUGUACCUUCGCGAGCGUCCGCACGACGUACCGGAGCAGGAUAAGAUGCUCUGGUGGAUUCCGCUGGUCGUUGUCACGCAGGAUCGGCUCGACUUUUCCAACACCAGCGCCACCAAGUGGAUGAAGCAGGUGCGCGAGGUGGUACUCGAGGAUCUGCCAGCGGACGAUCGGUUCAUCAUUGUGAACCCGGAAGAAAUCGGACCCUUCCCGGUGAACUACGACGAGCAGAACUGGAAUCUGCUGGCCAGCUUCCUGCAGACGGACGAGGGCCGAGCCAGAAUCCCCGUCUACACGAGAGCGAAGCUGCUGCACGACGCAUGGAACCUGGCGUACGCGGGUGACCUUAGCUUUGGCACGGCGUUCAAUAUGACGCUGUUCAUGAAGUUCGAGCGCAACCAUCUGGUGUGGAAUCCCGUGUUCACGCUGAUUGACCAUAUCGGUCGUCACAUCGACAUGUCCGCCGUGCACAAGAAGUUUGAAACUUACGUUCGCACGCUGCUGACGCCACUGUACGAGGAGCUGGUCGGCAGCCAGCAGGAGAGCGAAGAAACCUGGAAGGCGAAUCUACGCUCGCUGGCCAAAAAUUUCCUGUGCCGGGCCGGCUACAAACCGUGCAUUGAGGAGGCACAGCGUGCGUUUAAAAAGUGGAUGGACAGUCCGGAGCCGGACCUAGGCAACCCCGUUGCCAACCAAUACAUCUGCCCGGUGUUCAAGUGGGGCACGCGAGAGGAGUGGGAGUUUGGUCUGCAGCGUGUCAUCAACUUCCCCGAGUCGCGGGUUAAAAGCGAGAGGACAUACCUGUUGAAGACGCUGGCUGGAUGCCCGAGUCAGCCGUCGAAGAUUGACCGCCUGCUCAACAUCACGGUGCUGGAGGAUAACGGAAACUUCACCGACAACGACGUGGGCCUGAUCUUUAAGAUGCUGUCCGGCGGCUCGAGUGGUUAUUCGACACUGUUUAACUUCCUCAAGAACAACUGGGACACGAUCAAGCUGCGCUUCAAGGAUCGGGAAUCGCUCUGGGACAACAUGAUCAACUCGGCCACGGGUCUGUUCACGACGCAGGAAGGCUACGACAUGGUGUCCCAGCUGUACGUGCAGCACCAGGGCGAGUUCGGCACGGCCGAGCACAUCAUCGAGAAGUCGCUGAAGAACAUCAAGGAGGAGACGAAAUGGAGCGACGAAAAUCUGCCUGUCAUCGAGCAGUGGCUCGACAGCUUUCUCGCCAGCAACAGCGCCACCAGUCAGAAGUUCUUUGGCUGAGCCGAGCCGGUAGACAACACGGCAAUAGCGGAGAAGGCGCACCGUGCGUAAGGCGGACAGAGUACCACCAAGUUUUAAAUGUAUGAUUAAUUUAAUAAGAACAAUGACCAAGCCCCACAAAGGGGUAUCGUAGGAAGCGACAGUGCGACCCCGAGCUGGUCGACAUGUCGCAAGCGAAUCCGCCAAAAUAAAAAUAACAAGCUGGACAGCGUA